AUGACCUCACUCCUGCCGCUGCUGCUGGGGCUCAGCCUGGGCUGCACCAGAGCAGGUGGCUUUGUGGCCCAUGUGGAAAGCAGCUGUCUCUUGGAUGAUGAGGGGACUCCAAAGGAUUUCAUGUAUUGUGUCUCCUUCAACAAGGAUGUGCUGUCCUGCUGGGAUCCACAAAGGGCCAACAUGACCCCUUGUGAAUUUGGGGUGCUAAAUCAAUUAGCCAUAAGCCUCUCAGAAUUCCUCAAUCAACAUGAAAACCUGCUCCAGCGUUUGCACAAUGGGCUCCAGGACUGUGCCACACAUACCCAGCCCUUCUGGAGAACACUGACACAAAGGACACGGCCACCGUCUGUGAAAGUAGGCCCCGUCACGCCUUUUAACACCAGGAAGCCAGUGAUGCUGGCCUGUUACGUGUGGGGCUUCUAUCCAGCUGAUGUGAUCAUCACAUGGAGGAAGAAUGGGGAGCCCGUUCUCCCUCACAACGAUGCCCAGAAGACUGCCCAGCCCAAUGGAGACUGGACGUACCAGACGGUCUCCUAUUUAGCUUUAACCCCCUCUUGGGGGGACACCUAUACCUGUGUAGUAGAGCACAUUGGAGUUGCUCUGCCCAUCCUCGAGAACUGGACACCUGGGCUGUCUCCAGUGCAGAUGGUGAAGGUUUCUGUGUCUACAGUGACGCUGGGCCUGGGCCUCAUCAUCUUCUUUUUUGGUUUGAUCCGUUGGCAGAGAGCUGGCUUCUCUAGUUAUACUCCCCUCCCUGGGUCCAAUUAUCCAGAAGGUCGGCACAUUUCCUAG